AUGAUGUCCAUUGUGUCGUUGACCGAUCUGAGCGCCAAACUCGUCGCCCAGAGCAUUAUCGACGGUUAGUUUCAGGCCAUUUAGGCAAAAAAUCAAUAGCACGUUCAUGUUUAGAAAGAUUCCGGCCGUCGACGAUCGAUUGGCGGGUGCCCAACGGCAACAAAGUGUUCGCAGAAGCGCUGACGAUAUGGUCGAACUUGGAGAAGAGCGAACGAUUGGCAAAAGAGACGCUCGUGCUCCGAGAGCUGUCGCACCUCGAGAUCACGAAGGUAGACUUCAGCGAGACGCCGCUCCACAGCCGAUUCUUCCCGCUUCUUCUGAAACAGUCGUUGAUCUCGCUGACGAUCGGGUACGAAGGAAGUGCGGCGAACGGAGACGAGAAUGAGACCGUUGGAGAUGGUAACCGCUUCUGCUCAUCUCAUUUUUCAAAACGCUCUUUUUUCAGAAGUCAGUCAAAUGGGUAUUGUCACGUUGCUGGAGAGUAUCUCAAGUGGGGCAACACGUGAAAACCUCCAACACUUGGACAUCGCCUCGGUCGGUGCGCGUCGAUUUGGGCGAACAUGGACGGAACAAGUCGGCGACAUGUUUCGAAAUUUACAAAGUCUAAACGUGACCAUAACACACGCUGAAGAGUAUCAGCGCUUCGGACAGGCCACCAAUUUUCCAACUUGAAGUCGCUCACAAUGACCGACACCAUCCGAUCACAGCAAAUCGCGCCGAUUUGUAGUCUCGAGCAUCUCGAAAUUCUGCGAAUCGACGGCAUCGAAGAUGUGACGGAUGUGACGGAACUGUUCAAAUUGCAAAAGUUGCGAGUGCUGAGUGUUCCGUGGUAGCACAUUUUCAAUUUGUAUCCGCACACAUUGACCCAUUUUCAGCACAAAACGUGAAGACUGUCAAUUCAUUCGACUGUUCCGAGAGUGUCUGGAGGACGGACUCCGACUGCCCGAACUGCGAUACUUUGAGUGCUCCGAAGUGUCGAUUGACAUUCCGUACACAUUGAUGAUCAGCAGCUUUCCGAAACUCGAACACUGUACAUUCAUGGGUAAGUCGAUUCAAAAACUGUCUCUAGUUUGCUAGAGUGCACAAAGACAAACACUGAAAAGUACAAUAUUUAGGAAGCGCUCAGGCAGUCGGAAACUUGGCUCACCACAAUCUUGACACCAUCGGAGAGACUCUAAACGUCAUGGAGCACUAUAUAAGCGUCAAGUGCUUCGUCAUGCAGGCACUCGUUCUCAAAUCGAAUCCGAUGAGCGCACGUCGUCGGCCAGACGCGCCCGAAUGCCCAGUUGAGGACCUGCGAAAGUUUCUGUGCAUGGUGAAAGGAAUAAUGGAGCGGAAAUCGACGGACAAUAAGUUGGCGGCCGCCGUGGCGCUCAACUUUCCAAAACUGUAAGUGCUGUUGUAGCAUCAAUCACUUAACGCCUGUCUUUUUAGAUUAACACUGAUGCAGUCGAGCGUCCAAUUUAAUGCCCUGGAAAUAAGUCAAUUUGUCGAGCGUGUCCUAUUAUUCUUCCGAAAAUUCACUCGAUUCUCAUCUCCCGCCCGCAAAUCAUUGUACAAUUCCGUAAUAGAGACGGUCAUGACACGGGGAGUCCAUGAUUACAUCCACCAUCAGUUCUACUUUGAAAUCUUCAAGCACACACUGUGCGCGUUUCCGAGCGACGCGUCAGGAGAGCUCGAUUUGCUUUGUCUGCUAAAAUACCAUAAACACGUGGAUCUUUCGAUGCUGAGCAGAGAAAUUGUGCGAAGAGGAUGCAAUUAUUUGCUGAGAAGUGCGCGUCGGCGGAUCCGCUGGCCGACUAAUGAGGAAGCGCAAAGAUACGUGCAUCGUUGUGUGCUCAUUCUCGAGCAACUCAUCGAUUUCUACGUCUUCGACAGGUGGGAGAAUAGAUAUGUGAACGACGAGAUGCCGACGCCGCCGCCACUGAUCCUACUGCUUUGCACUCUGAUGUCGGGCGUCGAUCGCAGCGAAUCAUCCGUUCGAUGCAAACCGAUCACCGACACUAUUCUGCGCGUUUUGAUGAGAAUUGUCCGCAACGACAAUUAUCCGGACAUAAUGUAUCAUGUCACCGCUACGAACAGUAUCUCGUGAGUUGAUUCGGCUACCGCACAACUUCUCAUCACACUCUUCAGGCGCAUACUGAUCAACUGCGAGACGAACUCGGUGCAAUCUGUCGAGACGGCGACCGCACUUCUCGCCAAGCUCAUCCGUUAUCCGGAACUCGUCCGAACAGGCGUAAAUUACAGUGAACACAUUGUGCGAACUGUCCGAUGGCUUCUACGACAGCGUUCCGAAACACCGACCGCCUGCCACAUCAAUUGGGCCACAAUUCACGGCGAAAUUGAACGGGCCGCGCAUGUGGGCAUCGUCGCCGCGCAUGUGUACGGCCUUCGAGAAUAUGUCAUGAAAACUGAAGGAGCUCCGAUGUACGCUGGCCACGUGGCACUUCAAGAAGCGAUACGGAAGUUGUCGUGUGGAGGAGAUUGGAGAGACGGUAAGCCACUCGAUGAGUGCAUUGUGACGAUGGCAAUGGGCAUCCGGAGGAUCGUGGGGCCGAGAGUCGAGAAGCGGAAAGCUGAGGAAGAUGAGGCGGAGAUAGAUGUCAAAAGGGCGAAGAUGGACGUCUAA